GGGCGAAAGAGAAAAAGAGGAAAGUGGCGCCGGGCGGGUGAGGGGAAGCUGAGAAUUAAGGAUUCUCAUACGGAAGAGGUGUGUAGGUGGAGGUUUUUUUUAACACAUUAAAAAAAACGCAAGAUGCGAAAGUGAUAAGAGUUCGAUCCUGUCCGUUGGUCUUGAAUUUUCCAAUGUGCCGAGAAGAUGGAGCAAAGCGAAAUUCUGAGGAAAUUCAUUAACCGGGUGCUGGAAAUGAAAGUCCGCGACCAGAAUGGGGAGGACAACUUUGCCAGCGACUUCAUGCGACUCAGAAGACUAUCAACUAAAUAUAGGACUGAAAAGAUCUACCCCACAAACAUUGGAGAAAAGGAAGAAAAUGUUAAAAAGAACCGAUAUAAAGACAUCUUGCCAUUUGACCAUAGCAGGGUGAAACUUGCAUUGAAAAUUUCAGAUCAAGAUUCAGAUUAUAUCAAUGCAAAUUUUAUUAAGGGAGUUUAUGGGCCAAGAUCAUACAUAGCUACCCAAGGCCCACUAGCAAAUUCUGUCCUGGACUUUUGGAGGAUGAUCUGGGAAUACAAAGUUAUAAUCAUUGUCAUGGCUUGCCGUGAGUUUGAAAUGGGGAGAAAAAAGUGUGAACGCUACUGGCCGCUGCAUGGGGAUGGAGUUCUCCACCUUGGAGAAUUUCAGAUUACUUGUGAAGCAGAACAAUCAAGAAGUGACUAUUUCAUAAGGACUCUCUUAGUGGAAUUCCAGAAUGAAUCUCGGAGAAUAUAUCAAUUCCAUUACAUAAAUUGGCCUGAUCACGAUGUUCCAUCUUCAUUUGAUUCUAUUUUGGAUAUGAUCAGUUUGAUGCGAGAAUACCAAGAGCAUGAGGAUGUUCCCAUUUGUAUCCACUGCAGUGCUGGAUGUGGAAGAACUGGAGCCAUAUGUGCAAUUGACUAUACCUGGAAUUUGCUGAAAGCUGGGAAAAUUCCGGAGGAGUUCAGUGUGUUUAAUUUGAUUCAAGAAAUGAGAACACAAAGACAUUCUGCAGUCCAAACAAAGGAGCAAUAUGAGCUUGUUCACCGUGCAAUAGCUCAGAUAUUUGAAAAGGAACUACAAAGGAGUCAGUGCACUGAAAGUCUUUCUGACACUGAUGACAUUAGUUCUGAAAAUACAACCAUUUCUUCGCUUCCGGACAAAUCUGAUUCACCACCACCAAAGCCACCACGAAUACGAAGUUGCCUGUUGGAAGGAGAUGCUAAAGAAGAAAUAUUGCAGCCUCCGGAGCCCCAACCUGUACCACCGAUCCUCACUCCUUCUCCUCCGUCUGCGUACCCAGCUGUUACUACUGUGUGGCAAGACAAUGACCGCUACCAUCCUAAGCCAGUGGUGCACUCAUUUACAGCACCACCUCCCACAGACCUCAAUGAAAAUUACAACAAAACUUUGGAUACCUGCACACAGAAUGAAAAUUGUGCUGUGCACAUUGACCCGAUUGAAAAAAAGUUAGAAAGGAAACUGAGUAUUGAAAUAAAGAAAAUACCACUCCAAGAAGGACCCAAAAGUUUUGAAGUGUCCCCACCUGGUGGAAGCAGCUCUUUUAACAGAGUAUCAUUCAGUAAAGCAAAGUCUGCAUUAGCAGUUGAGAAUCAGGAAACCAGUAAAUCAGUGGAACUAAGCUGUGAACAAAUUUCUGCAGCUUCAGAAAUGGACGUUCGUCACGUGAAUGUUGCCGAGGAAGUGGGCAGUUCUGAUGUUGUCUUGAGACCUGUACAAUUGCCACUUAAGGAAAGAGCUCAUGCUUUGUGGAACAAGGCAAGCCACGAAUGUCCACCACCUGCAUUUAGCAAAUCUUCCACUAGUGAUGAACUGUGCACUACUCAAUGCCAUUCUUCCCAAGCAUCUGCUGCACCAGCCAAAACAUCAUCAAAAGACCGAACUGUAAUUCAGCAUUUGACUCUGGACACUGAUGACCGUGGUGUGAAUAUGGCACCCCUCAGUUUUACUAAUCCUCUGCACUCUGAUUCGGAGCCCGAAGAGAUGGAUGUUGGGACAGCUGUACCCAGAAAUGUUACCAGUAUUUUAACAAGUGCCAUUGUUACGGCCACCGUACAAAAUGAAAGGCCUUCGACCAGAAAAAUAUCACCCAUGUUUAUUGCUCAGGAACAUUCACCCAACACACUAAAUUUAGGACCCGAGGAAUGUUCUGGGAGCAAAGAAGACAGUCCACCACCUUUACCAGAAAGAACUCCUGAAUCUUUUGUUGUGGCUAAUGAAUCUGACUUCCCUAUUAGGCCUUCUCAUGUUGGGAAGUCUGCGGAAUGGAGUGGUUUUCCACAACAACAGACAACUGAGCAAGUAAAGAUGGUGAGGAGUAAGAGCCUGAAAAAUCCUCGAAGUUCAAGAACAAAUACAUCUGAAACGCAGGAUAGUGGGAGGCUAGGUGAUUCAGAAUUAGUUACUACAGCAAAGGGUGAGGUAGACCAAACCUCAGAAACAAGUACAAAACAAAGAGAACGUGGUUCUGAUUUAGACAGUGGUUUCCUUUCGAAAAUGAGCAUGCUGAGAACUAUCCUUGUAUCCUGUCUCCAAAAAUCAGGAUUCAAUAAUCGUUAUACAAAACCAAAAGGGCCAAGAGAUCCUCCUCCUGAGUGGACAUGAUGGAGCAGAUAUUCAAAUAGACCGUAAUACUGGAGUGUCUCCCUUCAAGUGCCACAAAAGGACUGAAAAGUAGAAAAACUAUUCACACUCACUAAAAACUAUCUUUCUUUACUAACAAAAGCAAAAGCAAGAACAAUUUAGAUGACUUAUCAGUUUCAAAAUGGUACACAGUUUACAUCUGUUGUAACUUGCUAUAAACCUUCCAAGGGUGUGGAUUCCGGUGCUAAAUAUCUCUGCUGGGACCAUUUUUACCUGCCUUAUUUCACAGUUAAAGUAUUAAGACUUUUUUUUAAAAAAGUAUUACAGGCCUUAUUUUUUUGGGGGGGAUUUUGUUACACUGCUUGUAGGAUUGUAUAGUAAUAUAGUAAGUAUAAAUAGGUAGUCUGUGGACAACUAUUCUCUGCUAACUUUCAGAAUCUAUUAUGUGCAUUACUCCUUUUUUUUAAUAUAUGUACAGGGCAGGUAGGUAUAUAAUUGACAAUGUUGCUGGUAUUAAAUAUUAACAGAAGAUGUAAGAAAUCUGUGCAUGAUCUAAACCUUGUGUACCCUUUUUUGUAAAUUAUUUGCCCUGAAAUUAUUGAAAAAUAUUCUUUCAGGUGUUCUUAACUACUGGAAAUAAGCAGGAAAUUGCAGUUUAACAGGGGUUGAGAUUGUAAUAAUACAUUUUGUAAAUUAUAAGCAAAAGGAUAUUUUUAUAUUAUAUGCUGUUAAUAACCAAUCCCACUUUGAUCUCUUGUUCAUUUGGCCUUGAAUUUAGUAAGUGCCUUCGAACAAUAUGCAAUCCUGUUAACAUCAUGUAAGCAUUUUGUUUGUGCUUUCGUGCAUCGGGAAUACGAGGACUAUCAGUCUCACAAUCCUGUAUUUUACAAUAUUACCUGUCA